GGGGCCUGGAUUUAGGACGGAGAAGGGAUUGGGAGCCUGGAGUCCUGGGUCUGAGGGAGGCGGGGUUUGGGAGCCAGACUUUUGGGUCCCCAAUGAAGGAACCAUCUGGCGGUGGGAGUAUUAGAAUUUUUGAGUCUCCGAGGGAAGAGGAUGAUGAGGGCCUGGAUAUGUCAACCUUUAGGAGGUUGACAGAACCGGGGACUAGGACUUUUUCAUCAGGGGAUGCAAGGAGAGGACCCUUAUUCUUGGUACUUGGGACUGGGACUUUUGAGUCUGAGGGAAGAGGGGGCUGGGGGCUUGGACUCUUGGGCCUAAGGAAGGAGACUGGACCUAGCCAGGCUCCUGGGUAUGGAGUGAGGAGGAACAAUGGAACCAAGGGUCAGAGAUGGGAGUGGCUGAGAUCAGAAAGGAAUUUGAGGCAGGGAGUCUCUUGUUUCUAUUUGUGUUGCUUCCGUUGCUAUGACUCAGGGUCAUGCCCCAAUGCCAUCACCUAAAUGGUGCCUAAACUUUAUUCUUUUUUUCCUCCCUUUUCUCAGCCCAGACAGAUGGCUCCAGGCCAAGUGCCCCCUCUGGCCACCCCCUGGAGGGAUGUCCACCCCUUCUUCCUACUGUCCCCACUGGUGGGCCUCGUCCGUCAGGCUUGGAGUCACCUGAGGGGUCCAGGACCUCCAGAGUCCUGGUUGGUGGAAGCAGUAACAGAAGAAGCUGCCCUGGAUGGAGAAGCUAAGGCUUCUCUGGCUUUCCACCAUGCUGCCUGGGGUGAGCACCCUCAAGGAGAGGCUGAAGACAGUAGAACAGCUGAGGAAGAUGGAGAAGCAGACAGGAGGGCCUGCCCUGACCUCAAAGACAGUAGUUCUUUUCUUGAUGCCUCAAAUGAUGAUGACGAAGAGUAUGGUGAGGAAGAAGCAACUAGCGUGGCUAGAGAGCAGGGAGGUGAAUUUACAGAUGGCCGGCCUGCUCCCCUGCCCUCCAGCUUUCUGAUAAGAACUUUGCGAGACCCUCCUGGGGAGAAGGAGUCUGAGAAAGAGAAGGAAGCACCUGAGGAAGGAGUUGCUAACAAUACAGAAAUGACCAAGGUCUUCUUUUAUCCCCUAUCACCCUUGGAGUGCUAUCCAGGGGUGGAGGAAAAAGAAGAUGAGGAUAGAGAAGCUGUAAAGAAAGAAGCUCCCAGGAUCUCUAUUCCCCCCUUAUCUCUAGGCUCCAAGCCCAGUGCUUGGGUAUGUUGUCCAGGGGAGGGAGAAGAGGAGGAGAAAAAUGAAGAAGAGGCUCGACCCCCUGAAGAAGAAAGAAGAGCAGAGAAUAAAGAAGCCACAAAGAUUGCCAUUUCCCCCUCAUGUUCAGGCUCCAACCCCAGGGCCUGGGAAUAUUGUUCAGGGGAGUCUGAGGAGGAGAAGGAUAAAAAUGCAAAGGAAGCAACUGAGAAAGGAGAAGCUGACCCAGAGCCACACUCCUCCAGUCUAAUCCGGAGGCCUCUGCUCAGGGCCUGGGUGUAUCGGCCAGGAGGGGACACAGAGGAAGAAGACGAUGAGGACAGUGAUUCAGGAGCAGCUGCUGAGGGUCCUUCCCGCAUCCCAUCCACAGGUGCCUUCCUGAGGGCCUGGGUGUAUCGGCCAGGAGAGGACUCAGAGGAGGAGGUGUAUCGGCCAGGAGAGGACUCAGAGGAAGAAGAAGAAUAUGAGGAGAAUGAGAAUGGAGAUGAUUCAGAAGCAACUGAGGGAGAAGCAGCUGACUCAGGGCAACAUCCCUCCCUUCAGACCCAGAGUGCUGUCCUCAGGACUUGGACAUAUCAACCUGGAGAGGAUACAGAGGAAGACGGAACUACUGAGGAAUGGGGAGAAGCUGAGCCCAGCCCUUUCCGAGUGGCCAUCUAUUUACCUGGAGAGAAGCCACCCCCUCCCUGGGCUCCUCCUAGGCUGCCCCUCCGACUGCAAAGGCGGCUUAAUUCCUUAGAAACCCCAACUCGGGAUCUGGAUCCUGGGACUCCCCUAAAGGCCACAAAGGUGCGCUUCUCAGAGAAAGUUUCCGUCCAUUACCUGGCUGUCUGGGCAGGGCCAGCCCGGGCCGCCCGCCGGGGUCCCUGGGAACAGCUGGCCCGGGAUCGCAACCGCUUUGCCCGCCGCAUCGCCUGCGUCCAGGAGGAGCUGAACCCCUGCCUCACCCCUGCUGCCCGGGCCAGGGCCUGGGCACGCCUUGGGAACCCACCCCUUUCCCUGAGCCCCAUACCUGUCCCUACCCAGACCAUGCCUUCCUCCUCUGGCCCUUCUGAGUCCCCAGUUCCAGCGAGGCACGGGAGCCCCGCUGUGGCCACACCCUCUCCCUCCCCUGCGUGCAAGUCCCUGUCUCCUUGUCUGAACCUCGGGGGGAGGCGUGGCUAAGACCAGGUGUUUUGUGUGUUAUUUAACUUUUUUUUUUUUAAGUGUUGGUUUAUAUAAAGAAUAAAGCCUUUUGGUUUCUAAGGAGCAACCUCUCGGUGUGUUGAACUGACAGUAUCCACUACUCCUGGCUCCCCAAAAUAGUUGGGAGGAAAAAUGUUAGGGUGAACAACUUAGUAGUAGAGGAUAAAAACUACAUUUCCCAUCAUCCCUGGAAAUUGCCUCUUCUUCCCUG